CUGCCGCCAUGAGUGCAGGCUCCCCGGAUUACCCCUGCUGCUCCCGCGGCGACCUCCGCAGCUGAGCCCGUGUGUGUGUGUGUGCGUGUGUGUGUGUGUCUUGGACCACUGCAGGAUGCCCGCUCGUCUCUUCCUCCUCGCCUGCCUGCUGUUCGCCGACGGAGGAGCGAGCAUCGUGUCGGGCGAGGAGGCCGGCCCCGUCUACAAGGGUGGCCGAGCGGAGGCGCUGACGCAGCAGGCACACACAGCGCUGCCCACGGUCACUGUGCGCGGCUUCCUCAACUUCCGCACCACAGUCGACGGGACCGUGAUCGUGUUCACGCCGGCCUCCGACGGGAAGAAGCCCGCCGCAGCCACGAAUGCCGGCGCUCCUCCCAGCAUCGCCCGGCCGUCGACCACCAAAGCACCGCCGCAGCCUCAGACGACUAACGUGUUGGGCUUCGAGAUCGUCGGGGGAGGCGCCAACGAAGUGCUCCCUCCACCAACUCCGACCAGCUCCACAAGCAGGCGGCGGCCAAGCAGCACAAGCAGCCGGGCGACCAGCACCCGGCCCCAGUACCCGACCGGACUGGUCACUGUGCUCGGAGGAACGCACGUACACCGCGGGGUGACGACAAUCCACGAGACGAAAGUGAUCGGCACCUACAUCGACGGCAAGUACGCGCAGAUCCUGCAGAGCACCUCGCGCCUCGUCUCGGCCGCGCCUUCGGCCGCAGCGAGCGGCGCCCCAACGCCCACUUUCCGGGCGCCCGAAGCGACACCUGCCGCCCGGCUGCCCAAACUCGAGCCCUCGCCAAGCCCGAGACAGCAGCAUGUGAUACGUUCUAGCAGCGCUCAGGCCUCGAAGGAGGCACGCCUUCGGCCCCGCAAGCUGGGCGGCACUUCGUCGUCGGCGGCGGCGCUGCAGUCGUCGUUCCGGAGCCCCGAGGCGAGCAGCAGCCGGCAGCUGUUUCCGCGGCGGACACAGUCACUUCCGGGAUCGAAGACGAGCCGCUUCCGGGCCGUGAGCCGUGAGCCGCCCCAGUCGGACUUGGAGGAGAACAGCAUCGCGGUCGCCAGUGGGCGCCACGCGCAGCAGCGGCACACGCCCCUGCUGGCGGCCGCCGGCACGCGGCUGCGAUACGUGCCGGCCAGGAAUACGCACACGGUACGGCUGAACCGCUUCAAGGUGCGCCUCACGGCGCGCCCCGACGCGUCGUCCGAGCCGGCCGAAGAAGAGCCGGCCACGCCGUCCUCCUCGGCGAGCGACGACGUGGACCCGCUGGUGUCCGUCGACGCGGCGCGGGUGCGCUACGAGCCGACGACGCUGACCAGCCUGGUGACGCUGCACGCGGCUCAGGGCAAGUCGGUGGUGCGAACCCUCACCAUCACCACGUCGGUGCCUCGCGCGCUCGAGCCCUCGGAGCUCGUCUCCAACGGGAUCCUCGAGGGUUCCGAGGGGCCGCCUGCUGCUCUCACCGUGGCGCCCGGCGACGGGGCGGACGAGCAGACGCCGCCGCUCGUCGUCUCCAGGGUGUACUCAACGACGGAGCAUUCGUGGCGCACUUCGCUGGUGCCCAUCUUUGACGGCCUGGCCACCACCACGCACACCCUAACGGAGAGCUUCAUCAUUCGCAAGAUCGUCACCGCGUACCGCACCAUGCCGCCUGGCGACCUGCUGGCCUUCGACGAGCGCAACGUCACGCUCGAUCUUGACUCGGAGCAGUACUUCCAGACUCUGCUGAAUGGUGCCGGCGCGCCUCCUCCGCCAACGCCCCAGCAGCAGCCGCGGACGGUGUCGCAGGAGGCGUCGUACCUGGCGCUGCCGUCGGACGGCGACCAGCCCGUGCAGUUGGCGAACCCGUUUCUGAACGCGGCGCUGUCGAACAAUCCGCUGGCGGCGGUCUACCUGGGUCUGCAGCAGCUCAACCAGCAGCAGGCGACGCUCUACUCGACUGUGACGCAGUCGAGCGUCUACACCACCACGGACACGGUCUUCCACACCAAGUUGGUCAGCUUCUACGACGGCCGGCGGACGCGAACGCGCACACUGUCCGAGUCGCUGUCCACCACGGAGCGCAGGCUGACCAGCUACACGACCAGCGUGGUGCCCUACCUGAACACGCAGGCGCUGCAGCUCCAGCAGUUCCAGCAGCAACAGCUGCAGCAGCUCAUCGGUACCCAGCUGGGUGUGGUGCCGACGCAGCCACCGGCGCCACGCUAUACCACCGUGACGUCAACGUACACUACCGUGACAACGGCCACGAGCUACAGCUCCAAAAUCUACACGCUCAUCUACAACGCGUUCAGCACGCGCUACCGGACCGUGACCAGCUCGAGUUCGCACGUCACCACACUGACCGUCACGUCGACGUCGUCUUACCUGGUGCAACCUACAGCUCCUCCAGCAGCGUUCGCGCCGCAGCUGGCGCAAGCGCUGGCGCCGGCAACCACAGUCGCGCCCGCCCUGGUGCCGUCGCAGCCGGUCGCGGCGGCUUAAACCUUGCGAAAGUGCGAACUGUCUGAAAUGAACUGUUCCUGAGACGCACGUCGGCAGGUUUGCCCGCAGGCAGCGUUCGCCGAUCGGCUGGCCAAAAAUUCACGGGGCGCUGCUUUCCUUGCUGACCGUGAGGUCAGCUCCGCGACGGUUGACGAGGACGAGGCGGCUGCGCAUGCAGCCUGGCCGUUUGCCGUACCAAGAGAACUGCCUUUCGUGGCUCGAACGGCUUCAGUUCAAAGGUGUCGCACGAAAUUACUCGAAAAUUCAGGCACAUUUCCUGUGAGCAAGAAGAGAAUGUUCCCAAACAUAUGGAGGGCGAGAAGCUCGAUUUCUCCUGCAGGAAUGCCCGUAACCGUGUUUUUAUUUUCUUCGAAACGAGCUAUAAAAGAGUAUUCCCCACCAUUUGGUACUUGCUGAUUUUGACGAAAGCCAGCCUCGUCCAGAGUCUAAUGAACUUUGUUGCAGAGAAGAAUGGGGCGCUUUGAGUGGAGUAAGUCGGUACGUCGAGAGACCAACCACGGUGCGCUGGCGGAUUAACUAGUGAAGGAGGGCCAACCAGACGACUUAUACUCGGCAGGGUCAACGACAUAAGCAUGUCGACCACUCUAGUGCACCUCGUCUUCAAAAUUUUCGUAAAUUGAGUGACUCUCACCAAUGCCUUACGGGCAGACUUGCGCCGGCUAUGUGAGCAAGACAAAAAUUAUUCGUACGUAUUUAUUAUUCGAGCAUGACAUUUCUCAUGAGAAAGAGAAGCAGAGUACUGUGUCUUUCUUUGUAACGCUUGUCUUUUGUUCAUACAAAUUUUCACCUUGUUGUUUUGAAGAGUGUUCAUGUAAAAAUAAAAGUCUACGAUGUGUUUUA